AGGCUCCACUCCAAGACCACGCUGAAACCACCAACCGGGACCGAAAAGGGAUACUUUCCAGGUUCCUUCCGCCAGAUUGCAACCCUGAACGCCCACCUCUUUCACAGCCCGCGUUCGAGGCGGGCCGGCGUAGCGGACUCCAGAGCUUGGAUGCCUGGAAUUACGCCAGUCGGACGGGUCUGUCCGCGGAAGAGCAGCAUGACGACCCAAGACGCGGGAGCAAAGAAAGGGAUUGAGACGGGGGAGGUGGGGGGUUGGUUGUUGACGAUUCGUCCCGUUAUAAGCUGAUGGCGAACCCCCUCCGGUCCUCGUCAGCAAUUCGAUCGUCCGACCAGCCCUCUCUGCCGCCAGGAUGAAGUUCUCGAUUCUGCCCAGCCUCCUCGCCGGCGUCGUGUCCGUCUCGGCGGGCACCAUCCUCUGGGAUGGCCGGUUCAACGACCUCUCAUCCUCGACCGACCUCAACAACUGGUCGUGGUCGAACGAGGUCGGCCCGUACCAGUACUACAUCCACGGCCCGUCCCCCGUGACGGCCUACGUCAACCUGUCGCCGGACUACAAGAACCCGGCCGACACGGGCUCCAAGCAGGGCGCCAAGAUCACGCUGGACAGCACGUCGUACUGGAACGGCCAGAACAUGCGGCGGACCGAGCUGAUCCCGCAGACCAGCGCCGCCAUCAACAAGGGCAAGGUGUACUACCACUUCUCGCUGAUGCGCAAGGACACCAACGCGCCGGCGACCACGCGCGAGCACCAGAUCGCCUUCUUCGAGAGCCACUUCACCGAGCUCAAGUCGGGCCUGCUGUCGGGCGCCUCGGGCGUGUCCGACACGUCGCUGCGGUGGUGCGUCAGCGGCCAGACACAGUGGAGCACCGAGUGGGUGGCCGACGUGUGGCACAACGUCGCGUACGAGAUCGACUUCAACGCCAACACGGUCGGCUUCUGGCACUCCACCGGCAGCGACGCGCUGGUGCGGGUCGUCGCGCCCGUCAGCGUGAGCACCAGCAGCAACGGCGCCGACUGGCACGUCGGCGUGCUCGAGCUGCCCCGCUCCGGCUACUCCGACACGACCGAGGACUUCUACUUCUCGGGCGUCUACAUCGAGAGCGGCAGCCUGACGACCUCGGUCAGCGGACCUGGUUCCCCCUCGGGUGGAAAUGGCAGCAGCAGUGCUCCCGGUAGCAGCACGACGACAACCAAAGUUUCUUCGAGCACCACCACCAGUGCGGCGACCCCGACUUCUUCGGCCGGCGGCGGCUGCACCGCCUCGCAGUGGGCGCAGUGCGGCGGCAUCAACUACAGCGGCUGCACGACGUGCGCGGCCCCGUACACGUGCAAGUACUUGAACGACUGGUACUCCCAGUGCCAGUGAACGCCGCCCCGUGCGUGUCGGGACAACCUGGCCUGGGUUCUGUAAAUAGCAUCUUCUCUUCUUGUCCAUACUUGAUGCAUGCUUGGCGUGUCCGACGCCGAGCCACAGCCGGUCAAUACAUACAUACCUACGGGUAAUCACAUUGCGUAUACUUGCUGCACAGUUCUAUUCGGUUUCCGGCUCCCGAUCUGAUAGGCUUCUGAACCCCUGAGCGCUUCUGGGAAGCGCAAUCAUGCUCCAGUAGUCUUAGGAGAAUCGCUGCAUUGCCA